UGCCUACGAGUAGGAUUUUCGAACGCACCCUAACCAGGAUGUAAACAUGGGAGUAAUUUAACAGAGUCCAUGCGUAUACUUAAUUUAAAAUUGGAUUUUAAAAAGUAUCACGCAAUUUAAAAGUCUAAGAUUGUAAAAAAAGUGAUUAAACCUAAUAUUUAUAUCAUAUUGUUAAUUUAAUAUGGAUGGUCAUUCACUACCGUCGGUAGAAAUUUUGAAGUGUGCUUUACCAAAACUUCAAAAACCUAUAUUGUUUCGGAAUAUGCUGCGAAAUUUCGAUGGUUCAUAUGAAUGGAAAUUGCUCAAUUGGAGUUUUUCAGAUCUCGUUGAAAAAUUUGAAGACAAACAAUUACCGUUUCGAGUUGGCGAUUAUAAUAAGUGUAUGUAUACUCUUCAGCAUCAUCGUCGACGCAUAAGUCCUCCUACAAAACUUUGUAAAUUGACACUGCGAGAGUUUUUUAUAGCAACAGGUGAUACGACAAAAGAAGGAUAUGAUAAGUGGCUUUACUGUGACUACAAGCAUAUGAAGGAAUUUAGUGAUAAACCAGAAAUUAUCGAGUCUUUUAAUUGGCUUAAGUUCGGUGUUGAUAAAGAAUUUGGAGAAAAUGGAUUGUACUCUACUAUUUGGAUCGGAAGCAAAGGUGCUCAUACUGAUUGUCAUUGGGAUACCUAUGGUUACAACUUGGUGGCACAAAUACAUGGCAGGAAGCUAUGGUUACUUUAUCCACCAAGUGAUUCUUUGAUACCAGUUAGACUUCCUUAUGAGGAAUCAACUGUAUAUAGUAAAAUUGAUAUUUAUUGCUUGAGUAUGGAGGAGAGAGAUCUUUUACUGAAAAUCCCAGAUAAACCAAAAUUAAUAAUCCUUGAACCUGGGGAUGUUUUGUUUGUGCCUAAUGGCUGGUGGCAUUAUGUGGAAUCUUUAGAUAAUAUUACUGUGAGUGUUAAUAUAUGGAGAAAAUUAAAAACGGACAAUAGAGCACGAGUCAAGGAAGCUCUUGUUAAAUUAAUAGUAGCCAAAAUGAGAAACUAUAAGCAGUUUAAGAAUAAAAUUGAAUAUGUUGUCACUGAAUGCAUAAAAGAAGAGGAAAAGGAAAAAAAUGAGAAAACAGAAUUACCUCAAGAAACACCUUCAAAAAAAUUUAAACCUACUAUAUGGACAGCAGAAGAUUUAGCUGAACAAUAUCCUAAUUAUAUUGAGGUGUUACAUGACGCAGAAGAACAUGAAUUUAAAGAAUUCAUUGAAGAAAGACUGAAAAGAAAUAAAGAAAAAUACUCGCUGGAUGAAAAAAUUGCAUCCGAAGAUGAUAUAUCUAAUCCUAAUCAUUAUGACUCAUGUUUAGAAUCUGUUAUUAAUGCUUUAUGUCAUCCAGAUGUUAUUAGUAAAGCAGCACAAGUAUUAUUAGAAAGACAUUAUUGAUAUAAUGUAUAUAAUCAAUUAAUUUUUAACAAAUUUGUACAUAUGUAGAAACACACACACACACACGCAGAUAGUUUUAAAUAUUCUUAUCUGUAGCAAAAAAUUUGCAAGUUUUAUUCCAGUCUGUUAAUCAAAUAAUUUAAGACAUGAUAUCUCGUUUUUCUAUAAUAUAAUUCUAAUUCUUAAUAUACAUGUCUAAAAUA